AGGACCCAAGGAUACUGAGAAACUGCAAUAGCUCAUCUCUUUGUGAAGCAGGAGAAAUGGCCUCCAUGGAACAGGAUCAGGUGACUUUUGAGGAUGUGUCUGUACAUUUCAGUGAGGAAGAGUGGGUCCUGCUAGACCCGAAUCAACAGGCCCUGCACUGGGAGGUCAUGGGAGAGAAUUAUGAGACGUUGGCCUCUUUCGGUGCUGCAGCAAAAGAGAGUGAAAAUGGGGGAGCAACAUGUAAAGUGUGGCUGGAAACAGCAAGAUAUAAAGAGCGAGGAAAGGGCAUCAUGGAAAUGGAACCAGAAGAAUAUAGAAGGAAGGAGCCUUCUACCAAUAUGAGGGGAAUCCAAGAGACGGUGGACGAGAGGAGGGCAAUCAGAAACUGUCUUGUCUUUGAGAAUAGCUACUUGCAUGAGGAAUCAUACCGGAUUGAUGAUAUAACAAAUGAUAUGGAGAAAGGACAAACUAAAUGGUAUCAAUUGGAAGAAACCUUUGGCUCUAAUAUACACCUUACAAACUAUGACAAACCACUAAUUGUACACAAGCCAUAUAAAUGCCUGGAAUGUGGGAAAGGUUUCCAUCUUAAAGAAAGCCUACGAAGACACCAAAAAUCCCACUUGGAAGAGAAGCCAUUUAAGUGCCUGGAGUGUGGGAAGGGCUUUGCAGAAAAGAGAACUCUCAUUGGACAUGAAAUGAAUCACAGAGGAGAGAAACCCUAUCAAUGCCUGGAGUGUGGGAAAGGUUUUGUUCAAAAGAGAAACCUGACUGGUCAUGAAAUGAGUCACAGAGGAGAGAAGCCCUACCAAUGCCCGGAGUGCGGGAAGAGUUUCUGUUUGAGAAAUACUCUCAAGGUGCACCGGAAAACCCACUUGGGAGGGAAGCCACAUCAAUGCUUGGAGUGUGGAAAAGGCUUUGCUGAAAAGAGAAAUCUCAUUCGACAUGAAAUGAAUCACAGAGGAGAGAAACCCUAUCAAUGCCUGGAGCGUGGGAAGAGUUACAGCCUUCACUCCAUUGUUAUAUCUCACCAGAACGGUCAUACAGAGGAGAAUGGUCAUACAGAAGAGACAUCAAAGACGUGUCUAGAGUGUGGGAAAAGCUUCCAUCGCAGAGCAAGUCUCAAGAAGCACCAAAAUAUCCACACAGGAGAGAAGCCGUAUAAAUGCCCGGAGUGUGGGAAAUGCUUCCAUCGAAAAGAAGCCCUAAGCAGACACCAAACAAUCCACUCUGGAGAAAAGCCAUUUAAAUGCCUGGAGUGUGGGAAAAGCUUCCGUAUAAAAGAGGCCCUAAACAGACACAAAAAAACUCACUCAGAAGAAAAACCCCAUAAAUGCCCUGAUUGUGGAAAAUGUUUCCAUCUAAAUGGAGACCUCAACAGACACCAAACAACCCACACAGGCGAGAAGACCUAUAGAUGCCUGGAGUGUGGGAAAGGGUUCUGUCAAAAAGGAAAACUCCAGAGACACCAAAACAUCCACACUGGAGAAAAGCCAUACACAUGCUUGGAGUGUGGGAAAAGUUUCCGUCUAAAAGAAGCCCUAAACAGACAUCAAACAACCCACUCAGGGGAAAAGCCACAUAAAUGCCUGGAGUGUGGGAAAAGCUUCUGUCAAAUACGCGCCCUAAGUAGACACCAAACAACCCACUCAGGAGAGAAGCCAUAUAAAUGCCUGGAGUGCGGGAAAAGCUUCCAUCAAAACCGAGCCCUAAGCAGACACCAAAAAACCCACACAGGAGAGAAGCCAUAUAAAUGCCGGGAGUGUGGAAAGGGCUUCAUUGCCAAGAAAAGUUUCAUUGGGCAUGAAAUGAACCACAGGGGAGAGGCACCCUAUAAGUGCCUGGAGUGUGGCAAGGGCUUCAUCUACAAGAGAGGUCUUCUUCUGCAUGAGAUGAAUCACCGAGGAGAGAAACCCUAUCGAUGCCUAAAGUGUGGGAAGAGCUUUAACUGCGAAUCGGUCCUCAAAAAUCACCAGAACACUCACGUAGAAGAAAAGCCACACACGUGCCUGGAAUGUGGGAAAAGUUUCAGUUGGAUAGAAAGCUUCAGGUACCACCUCAAAACCCACACUGGAGAGAAGCCAUAUAAAUGCCUGGAGUGUGGGAAAGCCUUUUCUCAGAGGAAAUAUCUCACGGGGCACGAAAGGCAUCACAGAGGAGAGAACCCCUAUCAAUGCCUGGAAUGUGGAAAGAGUUAUAUGUUCAAAUCAGGUCUCAAAAGUCACCAGGACAGAAAGCAUGCGCAUGCCAAGAGUGUGGGGAGAGUUCAGUCUUCUCCAGAAUAGUCACACAAUUAAGAAAACAUAUCUGGACAGUAAGCUACUUUAGCCCUUGUAUUGAUUUUCUUCUGUCUGGUGUGACAAUUUAUUCAAGGCAUCUUAGUUCUACUCUUGGUGCACUUUCAGGAAUAGUAUGGGCCUUGUGGCACUAUUGAUGCCUCACCAGCUGACAUGAUGUAUCCACACUUGUCUCCUCCUUUUCAGAUGUAAGUUGUUCUCUGCUGUUCUUUCACAGAAUUUUGCUCAGUUUUGCAGAUUUUGACAGAGGAAUAAAGGUAUUUUAUAGCUGCA